AUGAAUGACUUGAAAGUUGUGAAUGAAAUCAAUGAGAAACAGACAGAUGAUGAGGUAGAAGACUGGGAGUCAGAAGUAAAUAAAGAUUCCGAACAAAGUGAUACUGAUGAUGGCGGUUGUGUAGGAGUAACUGAAGAAAAUAUGCUUCAAAGCAAAAUCCUUUGGGAGCUGAUUGAGGAUAUAGAAGUUAGAGUUACAAAUGUCAGUGAUUUCUUGAAGGACAUUUGUCCUGAGUUAGAAUACAAUAUAGUUCCAAUUUCUGAUCCUUUUGGACCAGCCAUUGUAGAUCCAUCUAUGGAAAUGAUAGUAGUUAGUGAAGAAACGAUGAAAGGAGGUGAAAAAAUAAAUUCAAUUAGGCAAGAACGUGGUUUGGCACCUUUGAAAAUAUUUCCAGUCGAAUUAAUGGAUGAACCAAAUCCAAAACCAAUUGAAGAACAAAAAAUUAGUUCCAGUACAACUCGGAUAAGGUUAUUGGGGACGCUUUUGAAACCUGUGGAACCAAACUGUAGCAUAUCAAAGACACCUUACAUUAUUGGGUUGACAGGUGGUAUAGCUAGUGGCAAGUCAGGAGUGGCUUCUCAUUUGAAGGAAUUGGGUGCAUUCAUUAUUAACUGUGAUCAGUUAGGUCAUGAUGUAUAUAAAACUGGGAAACCUUGCCAUCAAGAAAUUGUUAAAACCUUUGGAAAGGAAGUUUUGUGUGAAAAUGGGGAAAUCAACAGGCAAAUUUUAGGUGCGAUUGUGUUCAAGAAUUCGGUAAGGGUGAAAGUUGAAAACAUUUAGAGAAAAGUUGAGAAA